UGUGUACCAUUUCCCUCCAAAAAGUUUCUCAUCAAAAAACUCAAUUUACCAUUUAACAAAACCUCACUUAAUACACACUGUAUCGACUAUUUACUAAUCCCUAGUGAGUUCGAUUAUUCUAAUCUCUCUGCAAUCUUGUGUUACUAAUCAGAGCAAAAUGGAGUGCAAUGAUCAGUGAAGAUUCAUAUAGCCUACCCCAACUUGCUUGGCAUUGAUGGAUAGUAGUUGUUGUUGUUGUAUUUUGUGAUCAGAGGACAAGCUAAUAACGGACAGAAUCAGAGCAGAAUGGAAGCUGAGAAUGCAUAUACACUUCCCAUGUAUGAUACUUUUAACAUUGAGAGUUCUACGACUGGAAUGGAGAACCUUGAUUUUUCUGCAAAGAUUUUGGAUAUCCCUGAUUGUGUUGAAAAUGAGAAUUCUCAUUUGGCAAAUGAAUGUGAGGAAGCGGUUGUCCUUGACAGUGACGAUGAAAGAAGGCACCGUACUGAAGUGGAAAGUAUCUCAAAGUUGAGAUCUUCUGAUGAUACAAGGUAUAAACAGCGGCUGGAUAAGUGGAAAUUCUCACCGGCUUCUCGACCAACCUAUGUGGGAUGUCUACGGAGGUCAAAGAAUCUAUUUAAGUAUAUGGAUUCAGCCAGAAUCACGACUAAUUUUGAGAAUACUAAUCAACAGAAGCAGUUUUCUGAGGUUAGUGGCAGGAUAUCUUCACAAGUAGAUAAAUUAAAUGCUAGUACAGAACCAAGAGUUGAAGAGGAUUGGUGUCAGGCUGUUGAAAUAACCAAGGAUGAAAUCUUCGAAGGAAAUGUGGAAAAGGAAGCCUUAACUGGUUAUGGUAUGGAUGGAGAUAAAGAUUUUCCACUUCAUUCUUGUAACACUGAAUCUCAAAUACCUGAAGAGUUAUCCGAAGCUGACGCUCUGGACUUCGUCGACCACUAUCUGUCAGUUUACAAUGAAGAUGCACUCAAUGAAGUCAAAGCUGCACGGGCGAAUAAGAUCAUAUCGCCUCCAAUUUUCAGCCGUAAGGGACCUCAAAGAUUGGCAAGCAGAAUGAAUGUUCAAAAUGCAGUAAAAAACUCCAGAGUUUUUGACUGGCCUGAGAGGCAAAGUGAUAGUGGAAACAGUUCUUUUUCAAGACACAGAAAGAUAUUGACCUAUCACAGAAAAAAUUAUGGACCGGAGAAACAAAAAGUAUCAAGUGUCCAAUCCAGUAAGGAGCCAAUGGAAAGUAUGAUAAGGAAGUUGGAUGAGCAGUUUGAUAAGGGGGCAUUUGAGCAACAGGUUGAAAGUGAGGGAAAUCAAUCAGAUGUAUUAGAUACAUAUGAUGUUGGCUUUGAUACUCAGAUGGCUGCUGAAGCUAUGGAAACUCUGCUAUAUGCCCCUCCUUUGAAAAGUGAUGCUGUUUGUACCCCUCGCUUUCCAGAAAUAAGCCUAGUUAAAGAAGGGGAAUAUCCUGAGCGAGGUUUCUCAAGAGAGUUUAUCAUUGAUGAUAGUUCAUCAGAACCGACUGAAUAUAGCUCAGCUGAAAUAGAGCUGUUAAGAGGCAAAACAAUAGGUUUGCCAAGCAGAAUGAAUGUUCAAAAUGCAGUAAAAAUCUCCGGAGUUUUUGACUGGCCUGAGAGGCAAAGUGAUAGUGCAAAUGGUUCUUUUUCAAGACACAGAAAGAUAUUGACCUAUCACAGAAAGAAUGACAGACUGAGGAAACAAAAAGUAUCAAGUGUCCAAUCCAGUAAGGAGCCAAUGGGAAGUAUGGCAAAUUUAAUUAAGGUGGAACCAAACUUCCUAAGGAAGUCAGAUGAGCAGUUUGAUAUGGGGGCAUUUGAGAAACAGAUUGAAAAUGACGGAAAUCGAUCAGAUGUAUUAGAUACAUAUGAUGUUGGCCUUGAUACUCAACUGGCUGCUGAAGCUAUGGAAACCCUGCUACAUGCCCCUUCUUUGGGAAGUGAUGCUGUUUGUGCUCCUCACAUUCCGGAAACCAGCCUAGUUAAAGAAGGGGAAUAUCAUGAAAGAGCUUUCUCAAGAGAGUUUAACAUUGAUGAUAGUUCAUCAGAACCUACUGAAUGUAGCUCAGCUGAAAUAGAGCUGUUAAGAGGAAAAACCAGAGGUUUUUCGUCCGUUGUUCAUCGAACUAGGCAUCAAGUAUCUCUAAAUUUCAGGAGCUUGGAGUCUGAAUUUCCAAAGAAAAGAAGGAAGCCGCAUGAGGUAGGAGAGUUAAAUGACAAUUUGUUCCAAGUGGCUGCUGUAAGAGGAAAAGUUUCCAAACCUGGUACUAACACAUCAAGGAAAUCUAGAAAUGUUAGCCUGAAGAAACAAGGAGAAAUUCGUCAAAGUAUAGCAGCAACAUUGAGUCAAGUGAAACUGGAAAACUGGGCCUCUAAAGGGAAAAGGACACGUACAUCAUAUUCCUCAAUUUGUAAAUAUCCCGUCACAAGUCAACAGAUGAUGCCCAUGGACUUCAAAAGAGUUGAAUCUACUGAGUCUGCCAAAUUAAAUGAAAUGACCUCUACAUCCACUAAUAUUUUGACAAAGGACAUGAAAUCUGACAUAGUGUCAAGCGGAAAUUCAGAUCCAUCAUACAGUCUUAAUGAUCACAAGAAAGGCAAGCAACACUUGAGAAGUCUCUCUAGAUCAACUCUUACUCAAGAGCUUAUUAGAUUGGGCUAUGCAGAGAAAUUACCUGAUUUUCUGCCCAGAGGUUCACGACGAAGAAAAUGUGAAGGUGACGUUCGUGUUUUAUUUAGCCAGAGCCUGGAUAGCAAAUUAAUCAAGCAGCAGAAAAAGAUUUUAGCAAGACUGGGAUUUAUCUCCGUGUCGAAUUGUUCUAAUGCCACACACUUUGUCACUGAAAGCUUUGUUAGAACUAGGAAUAUGCUAGAGGCCAUUGCCUGUGGAAAACCAAUUGUAACACAUUUAUGGCUUAACAGCUGUGGGAGAGCAAGCUGUUUUGUUGAUGAGAAAAAAUAUAUCUUAAGAGAUGCCAAAAAGGAAAAGGAACUUGGUUUUACGAUGCCUGCUUCGCUUGCUCGUGCUAGAAAGCAUCCCCUUCUAGAGCAGGAUCAAAGAGUCAUUAUCACUCCAGGUGUAAAACCUGAUAGAGAUACCCUUCUAAGUUUGGUCAAGGCAGUGCAUGGUGAGGUGGUGGAUGAAUCUAAUAGUAAAAUCACUUAUGAUGAUCUAUUAGUUAUUUCCUGCGAAGAAGAUCACAAAAUAUGCCUUCCAUAUCUGAAAAAAGGAUUUCCGGUUUAUAAUUCAGAGCUCUUGCUUAAUGGGAUUGUUAUCCAGAAACUGGAGUACAAUAGGCAUCAGCUUUUCACAAAAUUUCAUGACAAAAGCUGUAAAGAAUGAACGACAGUCCUAUAUUGACAAGGACGAGCUUUUUUCACAAAGGAAGCUUCGCGCCCAACUGCUUGUAUAUUGGUUGAAAAAUGCUACUAGUCCAAGAACAGAUGAUAAUAUCCUUAGCAGGGAGGUAUUUCUGGUUAUAUUGAUAAAGUAACUAAGUUCUCGUAGUUUGUCCAGAAAAAUUUGCCAUCUUAUCGAUUCCCUUGUAAAUUCACUUGGUUUGCUUAUGGAUAUUAUGACUUUUGAACAAAUGUAAAUGCACGAUGUUCUUUUUGUUUUUAUUAUGAAAACUAUUAUAGAAA